AUGCACGUUGUUCAGACUACAGCUGUCAUAUUGCAAGCCACUGCAUCUGUGGCUCCGGCUCACAAAACACUCCUACCUCGAGAUGUUCCGACUAUCACCAGCGAUCCGUGGCAGUGCGCUACAGUGAACGCUACACAAUACUUCGACCCUCCAAAGCCCACUGGAACGCUAUUGACGGCUCUGCUCUCUUACGCUGACAAGCUGUAUGAAGGUUGCACCCCCAUCGAAGAUCCUACCGGCAACAGAAUUCCAGCAUGCCCGUUCCCUGACGCCUCGAGAUGGUGUGCCUUCACGAGCACUGUAGCGCCAACCAUGACUCCGGCAUACUGGUCUUAUGCUAGCUCGGCCUCAUCUUGGUGGUCAGCAAAGAGCUCCGGUGCCUCUUCCGUUGCUUCCAGAUGCCCUAAUACGUGGUACAAGAUCAUGAGAGAGACACCUGGUGGCGAGACAUGGUUGAACGACACUAUGAUCUUCGCCGAAUGUUAUGAACUCGGUCACCCCCCAACAGCACUACCCUCACCAUCUAAGACUGGGGUAUAA